GAGUGGUUCCGUUAUGAGGUCACGGUGAGGGACUGAGCUGAACGCUCAGCAGCGAGCGCAAGCGGUAGACAUGAGACGGACGCGAUAGCUGGAAACAUUUAUUCGCACAGCUGAAUGAAUCUCUGCUGGCGACAAAAACAUAACAGGACCGUGUUUCCUUCGACAGGGAACUACUGAAGAACAUCGCGCUUUGGCUUUAUAGGCGCAGGGCAGGCGUGUGUACGAAAGACUCCAAGGAAGAGACGCGUGAGGAAAGUUUUCCUACGCAAAAACAAACUGGACGGAACAGUGCAGAAAUCGUGACGCAUAAGCCAUGCACUGGUUGUACAGCGUGGGAUAGUUCUUCUGGUGUCGUUCAUCUGAAGGGGGAUGCCUUUUUGGUGGCUUUCGUCAACAAAAGUUUAACGCCGUAUUAUUCUGUUCGACAAGAAAACGCGUCUUUCUGAACGGAACAUUUCUCGCGCGCGUCCUGUUUUCUUCUGUUAUUUGUUGGUUUGGCUGGAGGAUCUGUUCCUCAUCGUGUAGUUUGGGGAGCAGGGGUUGGGUUGGAUAUCUAAUAUUUUUCACUUUUCCUUCAUGGCCUCCUCCAGGAUGUAUCUUCUAAUGAAAUGCAUGCUGAUUUUCCAACUUGUGGUGCUGAUCGCGAAAAACAGUCGGGCGCUCAUUUGCUUGCCCUGUGAUAAAUCCAAAUGCGAGGAGCCCAAGCACUGCACGGGUUCGGUGGUGUUGGGGAUCUGCGGCUGCUGCUCGGUUUGUGCUAAGCAGAAGAACGAGAGCUGCGGCGGCGUUUACGGUCUGUACGGGACCUGCGACCGCGGACUCCGGUGCGUGAUCAGACCCCCGUUAAACGGCGGCUCCAUCACGCAGUACGAGGUUGGAGUUUGUGAAGAUGAAAACUGGGAUGACGACCAGCUCUUGGGCUUUGAGCCAUGCAAUGAAAACCUGGUUACAGGCUGUAACAUCAUUGAUGGGAAGUGUGAAUGUGACAGUGUACGAACAUGCAACAACCCAUUUGAGUUCGCUAGCCAGGAAGCCUGUCAGACAGCCCUGCAGAAGAUUGAAGAAGAAAGACCAGACUGCUCUAAGGCGAGGUGUGAGGUGCAGUUUUCUCCACGCUGUCCUGAGGACUCCAUAUUAAUCGAGGGCUACGCUCCACCAGGUGAAUGUUGUCCUCUGCCCAGUCGCUGUGUGUGUAGCCCAGCUGGAUGUCUUAGGAAAGUUUGCCAGCCCGGACACCUCAACAUCCUGGUAUCCAAGAGCUCCGGCAAACCUGGCGAGUGCUGUGAUCUCUACGAAUGCAAACCAGUGUUCAGUGUAGACUGCAGCACAGUAGAGUGUCCACCAGUGAAGCCUGUCCAGUGUCCGGCAGACAGCUAUGAGACUCAGGUCAGACUGACAGCAGAUGGCUGCUGCACCCUUCCUACCAGAUGUGAGUGUUUGCCUGGCCUCUGUACCUUCCCACAGUGCUCAGCAGGGACUUCACCUCAGGUUGUGUCCCGUGGUGAUGGAACACCUGGGAGGUGCUGCGAUGUGUUUGAGUGCGUCAACGAGACAAAGCCGGCCUGCACUUUCAACGGAGUGGAGUACCAUGAUGGGGACAUGUUCAGGAUGGACGCCUGUCGCUUCUGCCGCUGUCAGGGAGGGGUAUCCGUGUGCUUUACGGCCCAGUGUGGAAUCCUCCACUGUGAGCGCUACUACGUUCCUGAUGGAGAGUGUUGUCCGGUCUGUGAAGACCCCAUCUACCCAGUGCUCAGUUUAGCCGGCUGCUAUGUGAAUGGGCAGAUCCUGGCUCACGGAGACCAUUGGCGUGAGGACGACUGCACCUUCUGCCAGUGUGUGAGUGGAGACGCCCGCUGUGUGGCAGCUGCCUGCGGCCACAGCUGCCUCAAUCCUGUCACCGUGCCUGGAGAGUGCUGCCCCGUGUGUGAGGAGCCCACCUACAUCACGAUGGCGCCCCCUGCCUGCAGCUCACUGGACAACUGCACGCUGGUGGACAAGAGCUGCCCGUACGGCUUCCAGCUGGACUCCAUCGGCUGCAGGACAUGCAGCUGCAAGACACGAGAAGAGUUGUGCAGUGGUCUAAUGGCCAGCUGCUCUCUAAAAUGCCCUUUUGGCUUCCAGACUGACAUUCACGGCUGUGAUGUUUGCCAGUGUCGCCCACGUCACAAGAAAUGCAAGGCUGUGGCCUGUGCCAAGGAAUGCCCAUUCGGCUACAUUAAGAACAAACAUGGUUGUGACACCUGCCGUUGUAAGAAAUGCCCUGAGCUGCCAUGUGACAAGGCCUGUCCAAUGGGCUUCCAGCAUGAUGAGUUGGGCUGUCUGAUUUGUCAGUGUAGAGAUCAGAGUUCGUCAUCUGUGGCUCCAGCAGUGAAAUUGGGCUCCUGCCUGUCUAUGGAUGGCCGCAGGCACGAGAACGGACAGAGUUGGCAUGAUGGAUGCAGGGACUGUUACUGCCAUGCUGGGAGAGAAAUGUGUGCCCUUAUUUCUUGCCCGGUUCCCCCCUGUGAUAACCCCACCAUCCGACCCGGCCACUGUUGCCCCACCUGCCCAGAAGAGUCCAGCUCCCAUAAGCCAGAGCUGAGCGAGGCGUCCGUGUGUUUGGCACCGGGUGGAGAGUACUUUGUGGAGGGAGAGACGUGGAACAUUGACUCCUGCACUCAGUGCACCUGCCACAGCGGCCGUGUGCUCUGUGAGACGGAGGUGUGCCCGCCCCUGCUCUGCCACAGUCCAAUCAGAACGCAGGAUUCCUGCUGCCCUCACUGUCCAGAUGAUCCAGUCACCCCUCAAACACCCAGUAACGACAGCAUGCCCAGCUACUGCAGGAAUGAGGAUGGCGAUAUCUUCUUGGCCGCUGAGUCUUGGAAGCCUAACGUCUGCUCCAGCUGUGUGUGUCUAGACGGAGCCAUCAGCUGCUUCUCCGAGUCGUGCCCACCGGUCAACUGCGCCCGGCCUGUGCUCAGAAAAGGCCAGUGUUGCCCAUACUGUCUAGAUGCCACGCCAAGGGCCGUGUGUCAUUUCAAUGGGAAGACGUACAUGGACGAGGAGCGAUGGGACAUUGACAGCUGCACUCACUGCUACUGCCUGCAAGGCCAGACCCUCUGCUCGACUGUCAGCUGUCCUGCAUUACCCUGCCAUCAGCCGGUCACUGUGGAGGGCAGCUGCUGCCCCAUGUGUCAAGAGAGUUACGCUCCCACAAACGUACCCAUCGAGAAGACGGACCAACGAGGAGACAAGCAGAGACAUCAACCAGCCUGGCCGACUCAUAGCGAAAACGAUAUAAUGCCACAGUUCAGAGGUGACUUUGGAAGUCUGCAGAUGCCCUACCUAGAUGGCAAGACUCCAUUGCCCAGCGAGGAUGCUGGUCUGCACUGGGCCUGGGUGGCACUGCCCAUCCUAAUGAUGAUGCUCAGUGUCACCGUCCUGCUGUUGGUCAACCAGCGGAAGCAGUGGAUUCCUAUGCCUUGCUACCGCGCGCCCAAUAAGCCCACGUGUCUCAAUAACCAGCUGGUGUACGUGGACUGCCAGAAGGGGACGAAGGUCCAGGUGGACAGCUCCCAACGCAUGCUCCGCAUUGCGGAUCCCGACUCAAGAUACAGCGGUUACUACAGCAUGCAGAAACACAACAACCUGCAAGCUGACAACUUCUACCAGACCGCGUGAGAAACAGGAGAGAGAGAGAGAGAGUGAGUGAACGAGAAAGAGAGAGACUGAGCCCGUGUUCAGCUGCCAAACCUUUGCGGCACAUGGACACCUACUAUAAAAUUGUAGAGACGGACAAAGCCACCAAACCAAGUGGUCAGAGAAGAGACCCUGAUGCAGAAUAACAAUUAUAAUAGUCACAUAAGUCACUCCAAGCAAAUCGAAAAAAUAUAUCACACGUCGACACCCAAAAGUCUCAGCAGGAGAUGGAAGCCGCGUCUAUGUAACCGAACCAUUACGGAGUGUGAGUGUUAAAUCAGAGAGGACUCUUCCAGAAUAUUUUUGUGAAUCAGAGGUAUGAUAGGUGAGCAUCUUUUUUGUGUGAGCGUGAGAUUUCGUGGAUGUUCAGGCACAAGUUGAAGGUAAUCGUGAAGUCAAAUGUACGUCUUUGGGAUUAGGACAACUGGGGUGUUUUUUUGUUCGUUUGUUUUUUCAACAAUAUUUUUCCUGCAUUCCUACUUUUUUGUUGGAAAAGAGAGAAAUUAUUUUAGGAGUGAUAAUUUUUUGACACAAGUGCUUGUGUGAAGACUUAACGCUGAACCAAAGCUUCUCUGUCUGCGGUACCUGAUGCGCCCAGACGCGGCGAGAGGCCGAGGAGGGACGUUCACUUCCCAGAGACUGUCUGUGGAGCACAGCAAAGAGAUGGGGUGAGGGAAAAAAAGAGGGAAAGAAAGAAAGAAAGUCUCAACAGAUGCUUUUUUGUAGGAGAUGCUACUGUAAGAUUGUGAUUUCCCCAGUGAGUUUGGCCAAUUUUUUUUCUCUUUUAAAGACAAAAGGAGGAAAACAGAGUAUGUUGCUCUGUGGACAUGAGUUCUUCCUGUUAAUGGAUGUGUGGGGUCUCUAUGUUGUAUUUCUGCUUACAUGUACAAGCAUUUUCCCAUUUAAUCAUACAAACAUCAUUUGCUCUUUCUCCCACAACUAAGGGCAGAGUGACACUCCUAGCAAAUAUACCGGUAUAUUUUCCUGAAACGAAUCUGAGGAUUGCGACACGAGAUGCAAGAACAUAGCGAUAGAGGAUUGGAUUUGAGGCUAUGCUUUACAAGUGCUGCUUUUUUCUCCUUUUAAUUUUGCUUUGAUUCUGUAAACCUCAUUUUUUGUAGGGAUGAAAACCAUGAGUGAGGAUCGUUUGCGUCUUUUAAGAAACAUUUACCAAGAAAACAGAGAAUCAAAUGGCCUUAUUCCUAAAAAUGCGAGCAGAACGGAUUUUUCCGUAAAUCAUCUGUAGAAACAUUCUUGAGUAAGUUUCAAAACUUUAGCAAUGUUUGUGUAAAUUGUUCAACAAAACCACUCUAACACCAUUUUACACUAGCAGAAAAAUGAUGAAUACACAAAAAAUACAACAUUGAUAACAGUUUACCUGAGAGCGAUCUUAUGAAUGAUUACUAAAUACUGUUUGUUCUGUAAAUUAUUUACACAAAAGAAAAAAAAAAUCUUAAAUUGUCGGUUUCACAAAAGAUUCUGAAUUGUUGGCAGUUUACAUGCUAAUAGAUUUAUGAAUGAUUUCUACAUAUUAGUAUUUCUGCAAACUAUAUGUAUGAAGGAAUGUUUUUACAAACAUUGAUACACGCUCCGAAUCACAGGUUCGAAGCUAAUUAUUCGCAAAGGUUUCAAAGAUUCACAAAGCAGUUUUGAAAGCUCCUAUUUCUAUUCUCAUGGCAGAGCUAUUAAAUUGUCUGAAAACUAUGGAAGCUUGCUUCCGCCAUGAAAUAAAAAUAAAAAAGUUAACUGCGACUUUUUAUCUCACAAUUCUGACCUUUUUCUUGCAAUUGCGAGUUAUAAAGUCAGAAUUGUGUAAUAUAAAGUCAGAAUUGCGUGAUAUAAACUCAAAAUUGCAAGAAAAAAAGUCAGAAUUGCAAAUUUAUAUCUUGCAAUUCUGACUUUAUAACGCAAUUCUGACUUUAUAACAUGCAAUUGCGAGUUAUAGUCAGAAUUGCGUGAUAUAAAGUCAGAAUUUCGAGAUAUAAACUCAAUUGUGAGAAAAAGUCAGAAUUGCAAAAUAUAAACAAUUCUGAGAAAAAAAGUCAGAAUUGCGAGUUUAUAUCUCACAAUUCUGACUUUAUAAGAUUGUGAUUUUAUAUGUAUAAGUCAGAAUUGCAAGUUAUAAAGUUAGAAUUGUGUGAUUAAAAACUCACAAUUGCAAGAAAAAAGUCAUAAUUGUCGCAAUUCUGACUUUAUAACACAAUAACACAAUUUAUAACACAAUUUAAAUAUCACAAUUCUGAGAAAAAGUCAGAAUUGUGAGAUGCAAACUCACAAUUGCAAGAAAAAAGUCAGAAUUGUGAGAUAAAAAGUUGCAAUUACCUUUUCAAUUUUUUUUAUUUUUUUUUAUUUAAUAACUACCGUAUUGUUCAGAAUAAGAUUCAGGAUAUAUUUUUUUCUUAGAAAUACAUCUGAAAAAUGGGAUCGUCUUAUAUUCAGGGUCUAGACUUUUACAUGUCAAUAAUACUCCCACAACAAUAGGUGGCGCCAAAUACGUGUAAAAAGAGUGUGCCAAGAAAUACGGUGCGUCCGAGUGAUGUUAGAAGAUCACGACCGCAAAAAGACUGACUUUAUAACUCGCAAUUGCAUGUUAUAAAGUCAGAAUUGCGAGACAUAAACUCAGUUCUGAGGAAAAAAAAGUCAGAAUUGCGAGUUUAUAUCUCACAAUUCUGACUUUAUAAGACGAAUUAAGAAGAAUUUACACAAAAAGCAUAUCGUUGACAAUUUAUGAGAGAAUGGAUCUACGAAUGAUUUACGCCAAAAAAACUUUUAUGAAUGAGGUCCAAGGAAUCUGAUUGAUUGAUUUUUGGUAGGGGUUUUGAGACAAACGUAUACUGCUUUUGGAUAAAUGUUUUCCAUUUUCUUUAUUUGUACUGUUCACGAGAACGGCCUCCUUUUCUGGAAGCUUCGAAACGUUACUGAGGCACCUUUGUGUUCUGGUUUUAUAGCUGAGAACAAAUUUGGCUUAAUAAAUCCAAAGCUAUUAUAGGAACAUUUAUGUACAUAUUAAUGCUAGACUGAAAAGACCUGAAAUAUUAUGUGAGUAUAUAUGUAUGUGUGUAUAUGUGUCCGCGCAUGUACGUACGAGUGCGCACACACAAACGCACAUGUACGCACACAUGACUUCUCUUCAUCUGUAAGGUUCUUAGUUCAUUUUCCUAAUGAAUGUAUUUAUGAUUAAGCAAAACAAGAGGAUUAUAUAAUGGGAAACUGAUGAUGACAGGCAUUCCAUUGCCUUUCUUGUUUGGUGGUAAAAAAAGCAAAGAUGAAGAUGAUACAGAAAGAAAGACAAACAUCUCAUUCUAUCCUUAUUUUUAUGUGAUUUUUUUUCCCCCUCUCGUUUUCUCAUAGAGCUUUGCUCAGUUGAACGUUUUGGGGCCAUGAGAGUCACUUUGGCUUUGUUUAGACAGGUCAAAAAUCUGAUUAUUUGGCUUAUUCAACUCAAAAUCGUUUUUUGUAGUGUGAAACCAUGAGAAAUCUAAUUUCACACAGUGUGGACAGCCAAUUCUAUAGAUCAGAUCUGAAAAAAGAGAGAAGAAUUUGUGUGUGGUGUGAACAAAGCCUUUGUUUCUGUAAGUGAAGCAGUGUCACGUUGUCAUCUAUUGUGAUCUGACGGCUGAGCGAUGAAGCGCUCGUUUCAUUGUUUCCUGUCAUGAGUCCCUUCAGGUGUCAGAACUACUGGAAUGUUUGAUGGACAUAAGCUGUUGAAGUGAGGGGGCGGGGCAGUGGGAGGGAGAGUGGGCGGGGCUGUUGAUUUGUGAUAGUUUGUCUUGGUUGUAUCUUUAUCUAUAUGUGAUAUUGUUUGUAGAGCUAUACAACUUGGCACUUUUAUAUAUAGAGAGAAAAGUAACCUAUGUGUUUCUUUCUUGUUUUGGUUUGUUUUCUAACUAAUCGUUUUAAUAGAAUAGAUUUGCCCUUCUUUUUCUUUUUUCCUUUUUUUUUUUACUUUUCCUAAGCCCUUGUGGGACCCUGUGCAGCGAUAAUCUCGUGAAUCUUACAAAAACACUUCCAGGUCAUUUCAAACCUAAAUCAAAUGCAUAUAUAUAUAUAUAUAUAUAUAUAUAUAUAUAUAUUAUAUAAUAAAGAAGAAGAAGCCUGUUUUAAGACAAUUUAUCAUUUUGCACUGUGACAUUUUUUUUAUGACUUCUUUUUUUAAUUACAAUAGAUUAUAUGCAGUGCUAUGGAAGCUUGUUUCCACCACUGAAUAAAAAAUAAAAAUUGGUAAUUGCUACUUUUUAUCUCACAACUUUUUUUCUCACAUUUGUGAGUUUAUAUCUUGCAAUUCUGAAUUUUGUCUCAGAAUUGAGAUAUAAACUCACAAUUGCAAGUUAUAAAGUCAGAACUGGGCGUUAUAAAGUCAGAAUUGCGAGUUUUUUCUCAGAAUUGUGAUGUAAACUCACAAUUUCGAGUUAUAAAGUCGGAAUUGCAAGAUAUAAACUCGCAAUUGCAAGUUAUAAAGUCAGAACUGUGUUAUAAAAAGUAUUUUUUUCCUUGGAAUUGGACUUUAUUUUAUUGCAAUUGUGAGUUUAUAUCUCACAAUUCUGAGAAAAGAAGUCUGAAUUGUGAGAUAAAAAGUCACAGUUACCUUUUUUAUUUUUUAUUUAGUGGCAGAAACAAGCUUCCAUACUAAACAAAUACUGGCAUGAUGUAGAAUUUUUUUACUUUAAUAAUAUAAAUACUAUUUCAUCAAUAUUUUCUCAUUUCAGGAAUAGGAAAUGAAGGAAAAUGUGCUUAAUGUCAUAAAAAAUAAUGUCACAAUGCAACAAAAAAAAAAAAAUGUAGAUUGUGGUUUUAUAUUUUCUUUUGAUGUUGGGCUGAAAUAUGACCCAGAUUUGUGUCCCAAUGAUACUUUUGUUUCAGAACUUCAACAUUCAAUCCUGUAAUAAAUAUUUAGCCAUGUGUUCACAAUAUCAUUCAAUUUAUUAUGACCACAAUGCCAUAAAUUCACAGUUUAGCCUCAAUUCAAGCACAUAAAUGUGUAGAUAGCCUAUAAGAAACAUGUGAGUUUAACUCUCAAACAAGCACUUGCUCUGGAGGAUUAUUUAAGGCUAAAUACAGAGAUCUGGACCUUCGCUCCUGUUUAUUCUUUACAACGUUUCUGUUUUAUGGAAGUGAAACAAUUGAUUGGUAGUCCUGUCCUUCAGUCACGGCCAAUCAAAAAGCAUCAGAGAGACGGUAAACAAGAAUUAUUAAUGGAUCGCUGGAGAGAGCAUUUCUCUGGAGGACCCAACCACCUUUACAAAAAUAAACUCAGCAGCAUUUCAGCAAGAUGUCAUCCAUAUUUAAUGAGCAAUGUGAAAUCUGUGCAUAGCCCACUUUCAAGUUGAAAUGCAAUUUCCACACGCUAAACAAAGUUUCCUCCUCAUUGCCUAUGAACACACUGUGCUUGAGUUCACGGAUGAAAGCUGACGAACACCAUGACUAGAUUUGAUUCAAGCAGACCUGCACAGUUAUUCGGGUCUUACAGGGUGGAGUCUUUAACUUUUUUUUUCUUUUUUUUUUGUGCAUUCUCUAAGUAUUGUUGUAAAUACUUGAGUGUCACUCGCCAAAACUUACAAAAAAAAAUCACAAUAAAAAAAAAAAAAUACAAAAAAGGUUUGGAGAGUAAGAAUUAGAGAUGUAAUAUAUUGUCUAUGACCUUAAUAAUUUAUUGUUGAGCAGAAAAACUGAACUUAGCGGAAGACGCAGCUCAAAUCACAAAUGUUUGCGUUGUGUCGAUCUCUCAAAGAGCGUUUCAAAGUUCAUAUAGAGUGUCCGUUUGUUUUUUGUCUCUUUUUUUGGGGGGCUCUUCGGAGUGUAUUACGCAGUUUUUUUAAAAAGAUGCUAAGCAAGUUUAUUUGUACCAAGAAAUUGAAGCCCAGGAAGCUUCUAGAAAUGUGUCCCUGUGUCCCCUCUCCACCCUCUCAUUCUUUCUUUCUACAUGAAAUAUCAACCCUUCUGGAGUUUGUAUACUACUGGUGUUUAAUGUUCAUGUAAAAAAAAAUAAUACUGUCAACAUGGGUCAUGAUACUGCAGAUUUAUAAAAAGGGUAGAUGAAAAGACUCAGAAUUCCUGUAGCACAGCAGAUUUUUUCCAGUUUCUUGUAUUAUUUUGUUUCUUUGCAGCACAAUAAAUACUUUUUAAACAA